CGACGAGGACUUCUUCCAAGCUAGCCUGCCCAAGAUGGAUGUGCUCGAUCGAGAUGUGGCUCGACUCUGGCGAGUCAACCGCACCAUACACGAGCUUGUCCGCGACAGGGGCUACAAGGUGUCCGACGACGAAAUCAACGUCGGUCUCGACGACUUUCGCAGCCAGGUUGCCAGUGGCGGCGCUAUCGAUCGCAGGGCCCUCCAUUUCCCCGCCGAGCACGCCUCGGACCCGUCACAGCGCAUCUUUGUCUUCUUCGCAGAGGAGAAGAGCGUGGGCGUGAAGACGAUGGGCGUCUUCCUCCAGCAGCUUGAGGCGCAGAACAUCGGGCGGGGCAUCAUCAUCUAUCAGGAGAAGAUGACGUCGAGUGCACACAAGGUUAUCGAUGCGAUGAGAAGUCAAUUUGAGCUCGAAGACUUCUACGAGGGCGCUCUGCUGGUCAACAUCACCCAUCAUCACCUGGUGCCAAAACACGAGGUGUUGAGUGACGAGGACAAGAAGGCCCUGCUGCUUCGAUACCGCCUCAAGGAGAACCAGCUGCCGAGGAUCCAGAUCAGUGACCCCGUCGCGCGCUACUACGGCAUGAAGAGAGGCCAGGUCUGCAAGAUUACCCGACCAUCGGAGACAUCGGGGCGAUACUGCAGCUACCGAAUCUGCCUUGGGUAGAUGGACACUCUCCAAAAAGGGGGGAGCUAACCCAUCUUCCCCAACAUCGUCAACUCUGUACUUUUAAGUCGUCUUUCUGAAUCCAUGAGCGAUUCAUGCUGCAUCACCGCCAAACAUUCCACCCUCAGGAAGCUAUAGCCUCGGACUGGCAGACGGUGAAAAUCUAGUCAGCCUGCCAUCAUGAAGAAGAUGCAUGUUCUGGUGGUCUCCCCUCAGCUUCGGUCUUUUCAAAUUGGCUUUACUAGCUAUUUGUCGCCCCAACGAGCCCAGGCAAUGAUUUGCUCUU